UCGGGGUCUAGUCAUUUCCAGAUUCUGGAGCUCCUCAGCAAAAAUGGUCGGAUCAUCAGUUGCUGGAUUGCUCUCGAGCGUCUUCACAGGUUUUUUAUUGCUUCAGCAGCUCUCGUUCGCCGCAGCCGACGGCCGCGGCACCGCAGCUACAGCGGCCGCUGUGACAGCCAGACAGCGGCCGUACUCUGGCCCUGCGUCAAGUCCUACACAGCGUUUCUUUCUUGGGCCUGUAAAAGGCAUAUUAGAUUUCAUGGACGACAUCUUCGACGAUGAUGAUUACCGCGGGCAUGGUAGAUAUCCACCAUAUGGGGGAUAUCACGGUGGAGUUAUUCCGCCUUAUGCUCCCAGCUAUGCUCCAUAUCCACCUCAUGGAGGUUAUCCACCCCAUGUAGGGUAUCCUCCUCAUGGAGUAUAUCCACCACACGGUGGAUACCCUCCUCAUGGGGAAUAUCCACCUCACGGUGGGUACCCUCCUUAUGGAGGACAUCCACCUCCGGGAGCGUAUCCUCCUUAUGGUCCCGUUCAUCCCCAGCCUAUUUAUCCACCUCAAAUACCCUAUGGCCCUUCAUUCCCGCAUGGUGCAUAUCCAUCCCAUCAAGCUAUAGUACCAGGUGAUUAUGGUCCUCCUGUGGGAUACCCCAACCACAACGCCAUUCCAGUUCCCCCAGUUUAUCCCGCGCCAGCCCCAGCGUACGGUCCUCAACCCUACAGCCACCCACCGAAUUUCGGUUACGACCAACCCAAGCCAAUAGCGAGCUAUGGACCCCCGGUCCCUGUUAAACCCGUGGUAGAUGCAUACGGACCACCGAUUUCUGCACCUCCAACCUAUCCCCAACCUGUUGCCAGCUAUGCACCUCCAGUUCCUCCAAAACCUGUGGCGAUUUAUGGACCACCAGCUCCUCCGAAACCAGCGGCUACGUAUGGACCACCAAUUCACCACAAACCCAUUUCUGCUUAUGAGAGUCCGAGCCACGUAAAGCCGAUCGCAAGUUACGAGCAUCGACCACCGCCAGUCUCCAGCUACGAACCCCCGCCACUCAAAAAGAGACCGGACUCCACUUAUUUUGCUCCGCAUGACGAUGGAAAUUCUGCAAUCUUCGAAAAAAUUUCUCAAAUUCCUUCAGCUGAUUUCGUCAGCGCCGAGCAGCACAUACCUUCUAAGCCUCAUAAAUCCAAGAAAGAAAAAUGGGUCUGGUCAUAGGUCAUCAUGAAUUCAACUCCAACAUGUCAAUACUAUAUUCAACGCCGAGACUCGAAAUAUUUAUAUUUAUUCAGGGAUUUACGCGAGCGUGAUAGGAACUGAUUUUUUAUCUUCAAGACAAAAUAUUUUAAGGUUUAUCACCAGGCUUCUCAGCCUCUAGCUUGUUCGUUGUGAACAAAAAUAAUAUAUCUACUUCUGAAAGUUUAGAUUACUAUAUAUAAUUGGUUUUGAAGAAGUUUCAAUAAAUAGUUUCCGAACACAAAUCUAUAUUUUGGACUUAUUGCUAAAAAUUAUUUUGUGUGAUUGUCAAUCAAUAAGUUUGCGAUGAUGAUUUUUUUUAUUAAAAACUAUCAUUUUUUAUUUUUUUUCUAUGCGCAUCAUUUAAAUUCCAGGAGCACAAGGAUUUUUUUAAAUUACAUUCCUCAUCCAUGUUGUAAGAUUCCAAACGAUCGAAUUUCGAUUGAACUAGUCCACGUAAGCUUUAAAAUUAAGUUAAUAAACUUGUCUUCACUAACAUAUUUAUUUGUACAGCCUAUAUGCUAUUUAUUUAUUCUAACUUGUCUUUCUAUAGACUCUGAAACAUUUCCUUCUUGAAGGUUUAAUUUCAUACUAAAUAAAUUCUGAUGUUUCUCUUUC